AUGGACUUCAAGGCUAAGGAUUUCAAGCUAGAUACUGCAACACCUACCCUCAGUGGCAACACUAAGGCUUCAAUCCUCAAGGAUAUCAACCUAGAGCGUAGUUUGCAGCCUAUGCAUACUCUGGAUUCCGGCCACAACAAGGUACAAACCAGCAAUACUCUGCUCGUGCACCUUAAGUCCCACCAGUUAAAGUUGAUGGACCGCUUUGCUCAGGUUGCUUCCUCUUCUCAAAGGGCUCCAAGCACUCUACCUGGAAAAUAUGAAGCCAAUCCUAAGGAGACAUGCAAUGUCACCUUGUCUGAGGACGAGCGCAAAGAAGAGAGUAAUGAAGCACACAUGCAAGAGGAAACUGAAGAUGAUAUGGACACUGAUGAGAUUCUCCCUGCUACUACGGAUGAGAAGUUCAGUCUAAAAACUCUGCUUUGA